AUGUGGAUCCCCCUUUUCUCUGUUCCUCGAUUGUUUUCACCCCCCAAAAAUAAACUAGCAAACAUAACCUCCAGUCAGAUUUAAUCGUCGCCUGAUUUAAAAGGAUGCUCCCCCGAUCCCAGCAGAUAUGUUCGCCGUGAGAAAGAAGAACCCCCCCAGUCUUCCCGACGGGGAUCACUGCCGUUGUGUUAGCUGUUAAUCGGAGGAGCUGUUUGAACAGUGGGACGGAGAGGGAGCUAGAGACUCUUCUCCAGCUCCAGCUGCCAUCCUACUCCUGCUCCUCCCCCUCCUCCUCCUCCACCACCAGAACCACUUCUCUUUCUCAUCACAUCCAGAGCAUUUUGGAGAUGUGAGGAAUAGAAAAAGAUUGGUGAUAUUGAGAAGCCUGUGCAUUGACACGACCUCUUGACCUCAUCUUCAGCAUGAAUGGUGAUAUGCCUCAUGUUCCCAUCACUACUCUUGCUGGAAUUGCUAGCCUGACAGACUUGUUGAACCAGCUGCCCUUGCCUUCUCCUCUCCCUGCCACCACUGCUAAGAGUCUGCUCUACAAUGGAAGGAUCUCCGAAGAGGUCAGCAGCCUGCUGGUGUGUCGGGACGAGAAUCUGGUGACUCAGCUGGCUCAUAGCCUUAACCAGGUCUCCACUGAACAUAUAGAGUUGAAGGACAACUUGGGGAACGAUGAACCUGAGGGUGACAUGCCAUUGCUUCUACAAACGUUGCUGUCCAGGAACCCCAAAAUCUUUGGGGACAAAAGUGUAAUGCAGCAGCCAAUGAUGCAACAGUAUAAGAUAUCUCAGAAUCAGGUGCAUGGGAGUCCAGGAUCAAACUAUCAGCAAACCUCUCAAAGCCCAACUGGAUGCUUUACAUCCCCACAGUCUGGAUCAGGUGCUCGGUUCGUACCCCAGCAGAAUAGCCCUAUACCCAGUCCUUAUACCCCUCAGAGUCCUGCAGACUACAUGCAGUACAAUCCGCCCAGUUACUCCCAACACCAACAGACACAGCAAGGAAGUCUUCCACGAGAGACUACAUACCAUGGAGUACACAUUCAAGUUAGAACUAUCCAUGACAACAAGGUCUCUGGUCAGCUAUCAAGUACAAGUUCAUCUAAUCAUAAUGCGAGACUAGGCUCAGAUGAAGACUACAUCAACAUGGCUCACAGACUGGGAAAUGAGGAAAAUGACCCCUCCAUGAGGGCCGCCGCGUUUCAAGUUAAAUCACCACAAUCUGUGUGUUCCCCGGCUGGGAGUGAAGAGACUGCAAAAAGUAUGCUGCCCUCAGCAACAGCAGGGUCCAGGCCUCCCCUUAUCAUGCAGUUUCCUCAACCUGAUGUGCCACCAGGUGCAGCACCUGACCUGCUCCUCAGCUCUGCUGAACGCAAAAAGAAGCAGAAAGAAAGGAGUAAAGAAGACAAUGAGCAGACGGACAAUAGUGCCUCGUAUGACAUUGUUAGUUCUCCAUCAAAACAGUCCGCCAGGCUGACCAUAAAACUGUCCCGAAUGAAGUUUUCAGACGUGGAUGAAGAACUUUCUCCGAGGCCAUGCGUCGACUCAGACCGUGAAAGUGAUUUGAUGAAUAAUAAUAAUCAGUUAUCAAGGACUGCCCAGGACUUGUCACACAAGUUAGGUGCUGAGGAGCAGGCAAACUGUCAGCAGGUUCCUGUUCGGCCAAAUACCAAGGAGUCUGGAGUCGUCAGUGGGGUUGUGUUCGAUGACGCCGAGAUAGACACAAUUGCAGAGAUUGAGAGAAUAGAACGCGAGACGGCCAGCGAGAGAGAAAGGUGGUCUAAAGAAGUUCAGGAUAAAGAUAAACCACUGAAGAAACGGAAGCAAGACUCGUAUCCUCAGGAAUCCGGAGCUGAGUCAAGUGACGGGCCUACUGUACAAGGGGGCAACACUGACAGCAAGUUGACACCCAAGAAAACGAAUGCUGCAAGUAACGGUGCCAGUCGGCCUGCUUUGAUGGUCAGUAUUGAUCUGCAGCAAGCUGGCAGGAUGGUAAGACAGCCUGUCGUGGUCUUGGAAGCGCAGAAGAUGUGUGAGGACCACCUACGGCACCUAAAUUUAAAGACGGAUGGAAAGGCAGAUAAAGUUGUUGAAAGCAGACCUGGGAUCAUCAAGCAGCACGCUGACAACCCUAAGAAGUCUGUCUCAGAGGGGCAACCUGAAACCCCCAAGCAGAAGCAGGAAAGUCGACGCGAAUCCAAACACAAACAUGACAGCAAAACUGUCAGUGGCAAGGCACACUCAGCUGACAGACGGCCAGACACACCACGGCAGAAACACGACAAGCAUUCUGACUUGCGCCACAAAGAGGAAAAGAACCACAACAGUCACCGAUCCCAUGUCAGCCAACCGGAGACUCCAAAAACCACGAGCAAGGCGGAGCGUAACUCCAAACAUGGAGAAGAAAAAGCCAGGGAUAAGGACCGAGAUAAAGAUAAAGAUAAAGAAAGGGAUAAGGACAAAGAUAAAGAUAAAGAAAGGGAUAAGGACAAAGAUAAAGACAAGGAUAAGGACAAAGAUAAAGACAAGGAUAAGGACAGAGAAACAGAUAAAGAAAAGGAAAAGGACCGAGAUAUAGAUAAAGAAAAAGAAAAAGAUAGAGAAAAGGAUAAGGUUAAAGAUAGAGAUAAAGAAAAAGAUAGAAAUAAAGAUAGAGAAAGGGAUAAGGUUAGAGAUAAAGACAAAGAUAGAGAUAGGGAUAAGGACAAAGAUAAAGAUAAAGAUAAAGAUAGAGAAAAUGAUAAAGAUAAAGACAGGGAUAAGGACAGAGAUAAAGAAAGGGAAAGGAAGCAUAAGAUGUCAAGGGAAAACUGCAACAGACACUCCCCUGACCGGCAUACUAAACCCGACAGCCCGAGAGUGAAGCAAGAUGGAAGCAGAAAAUCCACUGACCUCAAUGGUCGACAGAGGAAAGAGAGUUCCAGCCUUCAAAACGCCCAAAAUAAGAAAGAGAGGAAAAGUGGGGAUGGCGUCACUAGCUUCCAAGCUGCAAACAAACAUCCGUCUUUUGAGACGAAACAUAGUGAGUUCCCCUCGUACCUGCUGGGUGGCGGCAAGUCAGUUAGUCUGAAGAACUUUGUGAUUCCUAAGUUGAAACGUGAUGGGAAGGAGAAAGAGCCCCAACUUCCACAGCCUCCUCAACUUCCUCAACUUCCUCAACUUCCUCAACUUCCUCAACUUUCAAGCAAAAUGAUCGAGAACAUGAGCGAGCCCCAGAUCAGGCUGGAGAGAGUGUCAUUGGUAGAGAGCUUAAACAAGGGGGCUAAGCCUGUCGUCAUACUCAACAAACUCAGUAUCGAUGAGGUGAAAAGGAUCAUUAAGGACGGCAGGAAUGCACACAGAUCCAAAAACUCAGGGAAAGAGAUGUCCUUUAGUGACAAGACGAACAAGCGAAGUCACAGUAUGAUCAGUAAGAAAUCCAAGUACGUCGAGUCGGAUGACGACAAUAAAGAAGUCGACGACAACAUCGAGACAGACGACUCUGACAAUGAGCAUGUAAAGAAAAGGUCCAGGAAAGGUCACGACAAGUCAUAUAAGUCCGAAAAGAAGGCGGGUUCUGGAGAGCACCGGCGAAGUGGAGGUUCCCAUGCGGCUCGCCGGGGGUCCGGUAGCCGUCACACCGAACGGAACUUAAGUAAUUCAGAUGAAGACAGCCCCUCUCCAAGUGAUGCUGCCAGAAAAUGGAAGAAAAAGGAGAAACAAAAAAACAGGAAAGCGUUCGAUUCCAAGCUGACACCAGAGGAAAAGAUCGACUCCUCCGCAUUCAAGAGAUUCAUGGCCAAUGUGGACAGCAUCAUUGAGAGCCUUGAGGAUGUGGACCUCACUGCCACAGAUGAUGAUGGCAUACCUGAAGAGCUCCUGCUUGGAAAGCACCAGCUGAGUGAGCUGUGCAGUGAUUCUGUGAAACUCAAAGCUAUGCGCAUCUUUAACAAGUUCCCGUCUGAGAAGCUGGUGAAAUUGUUGAACAUCCUGGAGAAGAACAUCCAGGACAGCGUCAAACUUUCCACACUAAUGAACCAUGAUAAUGAUUCAUUGGAAGAGGAGCGGUUGUGGCGUGACCUUAUCAUUGAACGGGUGGCUAAGUCUGCUGAUGCGUGUCUAACUGCACUCAACAUCAUGACAUCUCCACGCAUGCCCAAGGUUGUUUAUAUAGAGGACGUGAUUGAGAGGGUGUUGCAGUACACCAAGUACCAUCUGCAAAACUCUUUGUACCCUCAGUAUGACCCGGCCUACAGAGUGGAUCACCAUGGAGUUGGCGUGCACACUUCAAAGUCCAAGAGAGCCAAGAGUUCCUCCCAUAAACAGAAGGUGGUAGUCAUGCUCUACAACAAAGUGUGCGAUAUUGUCAGCAACAUCUCAGAGCUCCUGGACAUCCAGCUGCUAACUGACACCACCAUUCUCCAGGUGUCCACCCUUGGUAUAACACCUUUUUUCGUGGAUAAUGUCAGUGAUCUGCAGUUGUGUGCCAUCACACUAGUGACAGCAGUGUUCUCUCGUUACGAGAAGCACAGGCAACUCAUUCUUGAGGAGAUCUUCACCUCCUUGGCCAGAUUGCCUACUAAUAAACGCAGCCUCAGGAGCUUUAGGCUGAACAGUGAUUCGGACGGAGAGGUCAUGCACAUUCAGAUGGUCACAGCACUGGUUCUUCAGCUCAUCCAGUGCGUGGUUCACUUUCCCUCAGAGAGGGAUGUGGACGAUGAACAUAAUAAGAAGGUGGAUAAAGAUGUCUUCAUCACAAACUCUUAUGAAACUGCCAUGAGGACAGCUCAGAACUUCCUAUCAGUGUUUCUCAAGAAGUGUGGCAGUAAGCAGGGAGAGGAGGACUACAGGCCUCUGUUUGAGAACUUUGUUCAUGACCUGCUGUCUACAAUCAACAGGCCUGAGUGGCCUGGAGCUGAACUGCUGCUCAGUUUACUGGGCCGGCUGUUGGUGCACCAGUUCAGUAACAAGCAGACAGAAAUGGCGCUCAGGGUGGCAUCGCUGGACUACCUCGGCACUGUGGCCUCUCGCCUGCGUAAAGAUGCUGUUACCAGCAACAUGGACCAACAGGCCAUUGACCGCAUUCUCAAAGAGACUCAAGGCAGUGAUGAGGUCCAGCAGCUCCAGAGGGCCUUGCUGUACUACUUAAAUGAGAACAUUGAGACAGAACCCUCUCUAGUGUUUGCCAGGAAGUUUUAUAUCGCCCAGUGGUUCAGGGACACUACAACCGAGGCAGAGAAAGCCAUGAAGUCUCAAAAUGACGACGAGGACGUGAAAGGUCGACAUCAUUCCAUGGAUGUCGACUCAACUGAGGAGAUUAUGCAGAAAGCCGAGACACGAAAGAAAUUCCUCCGCAAGGUCGUCAGGACAACGCCAUCAGAUUUCAGUUCUCAGAGGAUAAACUCUGACACAAUAGCCUAUGCGGACUCAUGUCUGAUUGUCAGAUAUCUGGCCUCCAUGAGGCCGUUUGCACAGAGCUUUGAUAUUUAUUUAUCACAGAUUCUGAGAGUGCUUGGGGAGAGUGCCAUCGCAGUCAGAACUAAAGCCAUGAAGUGUCUGUCUGAAGUAGUCGCUGUGGAUCCAAGUAUACUGGCACGGUUGGAUAUGCAGCGUGGGGUUCACUGUCGCCUCAUGGACAACUCUACAAGCGUGCGAGAGGCAGCCGUGGAGCUCCUUGGCCGCUUCGUGCUAAGUCGACCGCAGCUCAUUGAGCAGUACUAUGACAUGCUCAUUGAAAGGAUAUUGGACACGGGCAUUAGUGUAAGGAAGAGGGUCAUUAAGAUCUUGAGGGAUAUUUGCCUGGAGCAGCCGGACUUCCACAAGAUCACCGAGAUGUGUGUCAGAAUGAUCCGAAGGGUCAACGAUGAAGAGGGGAUCAAGAAACUGGUGAAUGAGACAUUCCAGAAAAUCUGGUUCACCCCCACACCAAGUCAUGACAAAAUUGCCAUGACGCGGAAGAUCCUGAACAUCACAGAUGUGGUGUCGGCAUGUAAAGAUUCAGGCUACGACUGGUUUGAGCAGCUUCUCCAAAAUCUACUGAAGUCAGAAGAGCAAGCGUCGUACAAACCCGCCAAGAAGGCCUGUGUUCAGUUGGUGGACAAUCUAGUGGAACACAUACUGAAAUAUGAAGAGUCUCUUGCAGACUGUGAGGACAAAGGGGUCAACUCUGGUCGUCUGGUGUCAUGCGUCACCACUCUCUAUCUGUUCAGCAAGAUCAGAGCACAGUUAAUGGUCAAACAUGCCAUGACUAUGCAGCCCUACUUGACCACCAAGUGCAAUACUCAGAAUGACUUCAUGGUGAUAUGUAACGUGGCGAAGAUCCUGGAGCUGGCCGUGCCUCUGAUUGAGCAACCGAGCGAGACUUUCCUCACUACCAUAGAAGAAGACCUGAUGAAGCUCAUCAUCAAACACGGCAUGACGGUUGUACAACACUGUGUCAGCUGUCUUGGUGCUGUUGUCAACAAGGUCACACACAACUACAAGUUCGUCUGGGCUUGUUUCAAUCGCUACUAUGGAGCUCUGGCAAAACUGAAGACACAGCACCAAGAGGACCCCAACAGCUCCACUCUGGCUACUAACAAACCCACUCUCCUGCGCUCACUGUUCACUGUGGGGGCUCUCUGUCGACACUUUGAUUUUGACCAAGAGGAGUUUAAGGGUACUAGCAAGAUUGUCAUCAAGGACAAAGUGUUGGAGCUUCUGUUGUACUUCACCACUCAUGAAGAUGAAGAGGUCCAGAUCAAGGCCAUCAUAGGCCUAGGCUUCCAGUUCAUCAUGCAUCCGGAGCUCAUGUUUGUGCAGGAUGUGAAGGUUCUGUAUAACAACACCCUGUCAGAUGAAAACAGUUUGGUUAGUCUGAAGAUCCAGGUGCUAAAGAACCUGCAGAUAUACCUGCAAGAGGAGGACUCCCGAAUGCAGGAGGCAGAUCGUGAAUGGAAGAACCAAUCCAAGCAGGAGGAUCUGAAAGAAAUGGGCGACAUCUCAUCGGGCAUGAGCAGCUCCAUAAUGCAGAUUUACCUGAAGCAGGUGCUGGAGUCCUUCUUCCACACACAGUCCACUGCUCGGCACUUUUCCCUGAACGUCAUCACGCUGACUCUCAGCCAGGGCCUCGUCCAUCCUGUACAGUGUGUGCCCUACUUGAUUGCCAUGGGAACAGACCCCGAGCCAACCAUGAAGAACAAGGCCGAUCAACAGCUGGUGGAUAUUGACAAGAAAUAUAUAGGCUUCAUCCAUAUGAAGGCCGUGGCAGGGUUGAAGAUGUCCUAUCAGGUGCAACAGGCCAUUAUUGGAUCCAAAGACGCGUUGCUUCGAGGGUUCCGUCACGAUGACACAGACACUGCUCUCUGCGCUCAUCUCUACGCUUUGGUCCGAGGGAACCGGCAACAUAGACGGGCGUUUCUCAUUUCCCUGCUCAACCUGUUUGAUGACAGCUCAAAAACAGAGGUGAACAGGCUGUUGUUUAUCGCAGACAACUUGGCCUACUUCCCCUACCAGACCCAGGAGGAGCCUCUUUUCAUCAUGCACCAUGUAGAUAUUACUCUGUCUGUCUCUGGCAGCAACCUGCUCCAGUCCUUCAAGGAGUCUUUAGGGAAAGAGCCUGUACAGCAGGAAAAGAAGAUGAAGACAAAAAAGAAGAAGAAGAAAAAGAAGAAGAAGCAUCAGAGGAUAAAGAACAGCUCCGAUGAUGACGAUGAAGACGAGGAUGACGAGCAGAGCAGCAGCACAUCCAGCAGCAGUGAAGAGGACGAGGAGGUGGUGAACAGGGGAAAGAAAGCUGUGGAUUCGGACGUGGACAUGGACGAUGAGGAUGCAGUGAUGAACCGUCUGCCUGAAAACGCUAACCCUCUCCUGGACUUUGCCAGCUCUUCACAGGGCAUUCUGCUGCUGCUGAUGCUAAAACAACAUCUGAAGAAUCUGUUUGGUUUAACAGACAGCAAAAUCCAGAAAUAUUCCCCGACAGAGUCUGCCAAAGUGUACGAUAAGGCCGUGAACAGGAAGUCAAAGGUGCACUUCAACCCUCGUCAGACACUGCUCUACCUGAAGAGUGACCUAGCCAACACGGAGCUCAGCCACGAGACCAAGAGGAAUAUUGUGAAGCAGUAUUUGGAUUUCAAGAUACUGAUGGAGCACUUGGAUCGUGACGAAGAGGACGAGGAGGGCGAAGCGAGUGCAAAUGCCAGAAACAAAGCCAUCACUUCACUGCUGAAGGGCCCAAAACCAGUGAACCACAACCACAAUAAUCACGCUGCUCCAGUGGAGUCAGAUGAGGAGGAGAGUGAGGCUGAAGAGCCCCCUGCGCGCAAACUAAGGAAAGGCGGGGAGCCGGCAGAGGAUACAGGUCACAUGAACGAGAGAGUAAAGGCCAUGGACAUCAUUGCCAUCUGCUGUCCCAAAUACAAAGACAGACCACAGAUUGCCAGGGUCAUCCAGAGGAUCAAAACUGGCUACAGUAUACACUGGAUGACUGGAUCUUAUUCCGGGCCCUGGGCUGAGGUAAAGAAACGGGACGGUCGCAAAAAGGUGCCUUGGGUUGACACUAUCAAGGAGUCAGACAUCAUUUACAAGAAAAUAGCUUUGACAAGUGGACAGAAGCUGACGAACAAAGUGGCACAGACGUUACGGGUGCUAUACGCUGCCAAGGACGGGGACUAAGAUUCAUCUGAAAUGACUCAGACAGAAACCCCUCACAGCCCAAAUCUAUGUGGACCCAAUAUGUUACAGAGAGAAAAAUGAAACCUCUUUAGAUUUAAGGACCAGAUGGAGGAAAAGUAUUGUGAACACUGAUCUGUUUGAAUACAGACAUGCUUAAGUUAAACACAAGAAGGAAAUGUUUGGGAAAACAUUGUGUGGGAGUUCCUUCGCUGUUGUGCAGCAACUUCGUUGUUUGAUUUUUACUCCCACUGUAUCAUAGUUUAACUAAACACAUGUUUAUAUCUGAACAUAAUUCUGUAAAAAAGUAAACUGAAUGUUGGAAAUUAGUGUAUUGAUGAUGUUCUUAAUAAAGUGUUUUUGGAGUUUAAACUAGCACCAGAUGGAUUUAUUCACUUGACCUGAGCUCCAACAACUUUUAGCGUUCUUUUUCUUUUCUUGUUUUGAACAUUUUGUUGUUUACCCACACUGUGUAAUGGAGUAUCUUUGAUAUGUUUUAUUUAUGUUAAGAGCAGUGCAGUAUCUGUGCCUAUAUACAGGGGAAGUUAUAUUGUUUUUAAUAUAGAUUUUGAUGUUAUAGAACACAGCAAGAAAAAAGUGAUCCCCGCUCUUCUGGUGGAACAAAUACUGCAAUAAAUUUUUCUUACGUCUUU